UUCUCGUGGUUAGUGCUUUAACGCGUCUCGAGUCUACAUUGUAGUUACAAUUUUCGUUUUUUUUCGGUUGUUUAAUUUAAUUUUAAUCCUAUAUGUGUAACAAUAAUAUAGUAUAUAAUAAUUAUAUUUCACCGGUUAAUGUUAUUGCACGUUUAUUAAUAUUUGUGAUUUAAGUCGCACUUCUAACCACACGACCACCACGGUCGCAAGGUGUUGGAUUUUGCAGUAAAAAAUUGUGUUGCGAAAAUAAUAUCAGUCGACAACCACUGUACGAGACGGCCUGUGACAAAACAUAACUAUCGAGGUGAUCAGCAGAGAAGAUAUAACCAUGAUACGUCGACAGUAUAAAGUUGGAACUUUCCCAAACAAUUUGUUGAUAUCGGCACAGAAAUGGUUGAUAUUGUUAUCAAUAAUACUAAUAUCAUUUGAUUUUUCAAAUUCAUCGAUAACCUGUGGACCUGGCAUAUAUUCACCAGGAGGAACUACUCCGAAUGGUGACAUUAAUAUCGAAUACAACAGUGGUACUCCGUUGGUAAUCACAUGCAAUUUAAAUCCUAAUCACGAACUACUGCGGAAAAUACUUAGUGAUGAAACUGCCGAUGAUAGCAAAUCAAAACUACUAAGCCAGAAAAUCCGGUUCUAUAAGAACGACGAACGCGUCGCCAAACAGUACGUAUCGGUCAUCAACUCGACGGCGGCCCAAUUGCGCGUGUCAAAUCUCUCGGCGAGUUCCGAUGUCUAUACAUGCAUGGUAUGUUUGGAUAAAAACAACCAUGGUGUUAAACUAUCUAAGACCGCUGAUAUUUCAUCAAUCAAUAUGGCUCUACGAAAUAGCAUUAUGAACACGGUCGGUUACCGUCCAAACGAAUCAGUCGACACGGACAUCGGGGUGUGCCUAAACAAUGUUAAUGUCGGAUAUAAACCACUCAACGUUACAAAUUUUGUUUGCACCUCUAACAACUGGGAAAGUUUAACGUGUAAUUGGACCAAACCGGAGAAUUCGAUAAAAACCACUUAUAAGGUGUACUUCAGAUUGGCCGGCCGUGCUUUUAGCAGAAGCUUCACAGCUUGUCCUACGAAUUCGGAUGUCCGAGAGAAUUCUUGUUAUUGGGAUUUUUCUACUACACCGUUAUACAGACAAUCGUACGAGUAUUAUUAUUUCACGAUAACCGGCGAAAAUGCACUGGGAAAAUCGUCAAUGCCAAUUCGUUUUCACCACUACGCCAACAUUAUUCCCGCGAGACCCACAAAAAUCGCAGCGAUUGACCAAACAGAAUCGAGUGUCAAGCUCACGUGGUCCAUUGGAACAAUGUCUUUUUAUUCGCACGGAAUAGUUUACAAGAUUCAGUACAAAUCGCAAUGGGAUUCCAAUCCUGAACACUGGCACACUAUAAUCGUCAAUGACAAAUGCAACCAGCAAUCGACAUCUCACGAAACCGAUUCGGUGCAAAACACGGACUGUGUGGAACACGACGGAGAUCAUCAUUACUUCGACGUCACCGGCUUGAAAUAUCCGUUUGCGCGUUACGAUUUUCGCAUAUCCCUUCGGACGGCGCUCGCUGGCGGGGACGAUAAGUGGUCUGCUCCCGGUUACAUCACCGUCAACACCAAACCCACGAUUCCCAAAAGACCACCGCAAACUGACAUUGGAAGCUUUCAAUGUGUUCCUUCGCCAUCAGACAAAUCCAAAAGGGACGUGUUAGUCUAUUGGCAAACUAUUGAAGACAACGAAAAAUGUGGCGAAUCGUUUGAGUAUAUUGCUUAUUAUGUUUAUAAGACGGAAGAUGAACAAACCAUCACUCACCGUAGCGACGAAACGUAUAGGAAUUACGCCAAGUUCAAUUGCCUCAGUACCAGCAUAGGAUACGAGUUUAUAGUAGUAUCAUACAAUAAAGAAGGUUUUUCUACAGAAUGUUCAAAGGUUUAUGUACCUAGCGAAUCAGACACACUCGAUAAACCAACAUCGUUAAAGAAAAGUGUAUUUGACAAACAAGGGAUUUUCGAACUAUCCUGGAAAAGCGCCGAUACUCAGAAAUUGUCCACUCCUAAUCCACUAGAUUAUUAUACUCUAUUUUGGUGCGAAAAAGACAUUGUCCAUCCACAACAGUGUAAUGGUUAUAUGAAUUGGAUGCACGUGCCGAUUUCAGUAUCUCACUACAAUACUACUGUGUUCGACAACAUGGAAAAAUAUAUUUUUGCGAUUAGCGCAAACAGUGAAAAUCCUUCGAGAAAUGGUUUAGAUAACCUUAAGGCUAGUAGUAGCGGAAUGGUGUGGGAAUCAUUCGAUGACAAUGUAAAGAACGUUUGGGUUAGUGUGAUUGGUCCGACAUUUGCGGGCUUGAGCUGGAAAGUCUACUGUGACGACAAGACUGGUUUAAUUAUUGGAUAUCACAUAUUUUACUGUCCCAUAAUUUCCAAAAAAAAUUCCCUUUGCAAAGAACCAAUGAUAAUGAAAACAGUGAAUGAAUUUCAUCCCGAUGAUUGCAAAGGUUCUAUACUAGUUUCAAAUUUAAAACCCCACACGGAAUAUUUAGUGGCCAUUGCGAUUGUUACGGAUAACGACCAAACUAUGAAUUUUGAUAUUGUCAUCAACACAUUACAUGGAACAAUAUUAAAAUGAAAAUAUUACGAAAAUCCCCCGCUCCGCGGUCAAUCAACG